AGGACAGAGACGACUUGUACAACUUUCUCGUCAGCAACAAGAUAUUGACCAAUCUGAAGCAACCAAGUCACAACCAGCUGCAGUUGCUCACUCGUGAUUGGCUCUCAGGUUCGAUGACUAACUUUACAUACCUAAUGAGCUUGAAUAAAUUAUCUGGAAGGAGCUUCAAUGACGUCAUGCAGUAUCCCUUGCUGCCUUUUGUUUUGUCAGAAUUCAGCUCGUCGCAUCUGGAUCUCAAUGAUCCUUCCAAUUAUCGGCAAAAACAUUUGCGCACAAACUCCAACACAGGAAGAAAAGAGAACUGCCAUGUACAAUGCUCUGGAGAGCCUCAUAACCACCACCGAUAGUUUGUCGAAUGUUUGCCACCGACCCUACCACAGCCACAACUUUGUGUCGAACGCAGCCGUCGUGUAUCAGUACAACCUUCGUCUGCCCCCAUUCACACAACUCUUCGUUCAGUUUCAAGGAGGAAAGUUUGAUUGUCCUGACCGAGUCUUCAACAGCAUCAAGGAAAUGUACAGGUUUGUGACGACUGGCAUCAACAACGACGCCAAGGAACUUCUACCGGAAUUCUUCUACUUGCCAGAGUUCCUGGUUAAUUCUGAAGGUUUCAAUCUUGGAAGGACGCACAACGGUCACGAAGUUGAUGACGUCAUCUUGCCACCGUGGGCUAAGGGCGACCCUCGCUUGUUUGUGCUGGUUCACCGACAGGCCCUCGAAAGUCAGAUGGUCGUCAACAACUUGGCCGCUUGGAUCGACCUAGUGUUUGGUUACAAACAAGCUGGCGAGGCUGCUAAAGAAGCUUUCAAUGUUUAUCAUCCGAAUGCCUACUUCAGUACAUUAUCUUCGAUAGAUCCUGAUGAUGAGACAAGGUUAAGAGCGGUCAUCUCUCAAGUGAGGUCCUGCGGUCAGGUGCCCAAGCAACUCUUCCACCAAGCUCAUCCACUGCCCAACAUCAAGUCUGUUUCCAACGUUUUCAACACUGCUGCUUUCAGAACGAUAUCGCCCUUGGAUACAGUGUCGGGUCUGAGAUGGGGUAACUACGUGGGCUCCCCAGAGCAGGUGCAUCCGCACGUCGUGUGGAUCAAACAUUACAAUCAUCCGAUUGAUAGGCUGGUCUGUGCCGGCAGGAUGAAGCUGUUUGUGGUCAGUGGCACUAUGGACCUACUUCUUAGGAAUAACGGCGCUGAGUGGUCAGCGUUGAUAUGGAGAGACGGUGACGGAUACCUAAAUGUGAAGAACUGUCCACCGGGCAAGAGAGUCUCCAUCAGCUGGCCGUUCAAUUAUGCCCAGAUAACAUGCACGUAUCCAGUGGUGAGCGACCAAGUGUUCUUUUUUGGCACCCAGUUAGGGUUGAUCUAUGCCUGCAAAAUGCCAGAGCAAGAGGCCUUCAGUGUCUCGAAGGAGAAGAAACAGCAAACCCUCUACCCCUACCACCAAUUCACGACGCUGGUUGGCCACUCGAGUUACAUCACGGACAUGAAGGCCUGCGAAGCUUUCAGGAUGCUCUACAGCUCCUCGGCCGAUGGAAACAUUAUCUUCUGGGAUCUCAACAGAUUGUCCUACAUACGCUCAGUUCGAGACCACAAGACUCAAGUCGAGAUGAUCUGUAUAUGCACGACAACGGCAGACCUCGCCUCCGUCAGUUACCUGCCAGCAGACAAAGAAGCGAGCAGACGACGUGGAAGUGAUGACGUCAGCAGCCUCAUCAUGCUGCAUACCAUCAACGGAAAGAAAGUAUCUCAACAGCUAUUGGUCAGUGAGAAGGUCACGUGCUUGACCUUUUCGUCGAGAGAGGAGGGUAGAUCGGUCAACGUGUUGGUGGCUGCCACUAUGUCUGGAGUUUUGAGAUUGUACAGUUCUUGGGACCUGAUGUUCGUCAAGGAGGUCAGGCCUUUCAUUGAUCCGAUGCGCUCUUCCUUGUCACCGAUCAGAUUGAUAACGUACUGUUGCGACGACAAGUACCUGGUUGGCAGCACAUUCGACAACGUCAUCUUCAUCCUGGCUGCCUCUCCCGAUGACGACCUCAAACAAUUAUCUCUCAUCUAUGUAUAAAGUCCAACAACUAAGGUCUCCCUCUUGUAAAAAAAUCUAUGAUUUUCAUCUUACACCAAACUCCACUUAGGUGCUUUUAUAAACUGGUCGCCCUGUUUAAAAUUUAAUGAAACUUUUUAAUCCUUUACAGUCUAUUUAAACUGAUUUAUUGUUGAUUUUAGUCAAUUUUAGAAGUUUUCAACAUUUUAACGAUAUGUUUGAUUAAUUUUCAUGCGUCGUAAAUUAGACAGCAGCUUCAUCCUGUCCUGUCUUCAUCACAACUCUUUAUUAUCGCUUCGAUCAUUUUUUAUUGACUCAUUUCACAACUUUGUUACCCACAAAACAUUACCGACAAUGAACCAAUUAGAAUCAAGUUAGUGAUGAAUACAACCAAU